UAUGUUGAGGAACAAGAUGGAGCUCCAAGCGCGAGGCUUCACCACGAAGGCCACGAUGAAGAACUCCGUGGUGGUCGGUCCCCCGGCUGCAGGGUCUUUCCGUGAGCGUCCUUCCAAACCAACCACCUUUCGCAAGUUCUACGAGCGCAGGGAGUUCCCAAUGGCACUGGAGCAUGACACCAAAGGCAACCAUAUUGUGUGGAAGGUGGAGAUCGAGAAGUUGGACUACCACCACUACCUGCCUCUGUUCUUUGAUGGCCUGUGUGAGACUGUUCAUCCGUACGAGUUCUUCGCCUGCCAGGGAGUCCAUGACAUGCUGGACCACGGAGGGCCCAAGAUCCAGCCUGUCAUUCCCCAGCUCAUCAUCCCCAUCAAGAAUGCCCUGAACACGAGGAACCAUCAGGUGAUGUGCACCACCCUGAAAGUCCUGCAGCAUCUGGUGAUGUCCGGUGACAGAGUGGGAGAGGUUCUGGUGCCCUACUUCAGACAAAUCCUCCCCAUUUUCAACAUCUUCAAGAACAAGAACAUCAACACUGGAGACGGCAUCGACUACAGCCAGCAGAAGAAAGAGAACAUCGGCGACCUGAUCCAGGAGACUCUGGAGAUGUUUGAGCGCUUCGGAGGAGAGGACUCCUUCAUAAACAUCAAAUACAUGGUGCCCACCUACCAGUCCUGCAUGAUCAACUGAGGACGGGGGUGUGCCCCUGAUGUUACACAGACUCUUGACUUUAACCAUAUGUCAGUCCUCCUGUGUCUGCUCCCAACUCUUAUCUUAUCCCUUUCUUUAUCCUGGCCUUCCCCUAAUCUCAGUGUCACUCUAUUCCUUCUCUUUUUGUUUCA